AUGUCUAAGCGAUUCCUGUACAUGCGUGUAGUGGCAUUCACAACGGUGGUGUUGGUGUGUACAAGGACAUACACGGAGAUGAACCAUGUAGGACAGAACACACGUUUCCAACUGACAUUAAACCUUGGAAGACUGUUCGAGGAAGAAGUUUAUGUGCCACAGUUUCCCUGCAUCGGAGCCAUACAUGGUGAAGACGAGGAUCUCUUUUGCUUGAACAGGCCAUCACUGCUCUCAGACUACAAGAACCCGUGCUGGCAGGACCGGAACAAUACUAUCCAAUGCCUCCCGUAUUUCCAUCUCAUUGGAUCCGAUAAAUGCGGAUCUACUGAUCUGUUCAACAGAAUUACUAAUCACCCGGAUGUAGAGACGUGUACAUGUACUCUUGGGAAGGAGUCCAGCUACUGGAGCUGGCGUCGCUAUGGAUGUUUCCGGAUAAAAGAUGGGUCCGCACAAUCCUGGUUCGACAGUAUUUUGUUUUUCAGGUUAUAUUCGGACUACUUUUUCAUGGAUUAUGGACAUUCACCUGAAUCAUUCCACGACCAUGUUAUCCUUUCCAUCAGAAUGAUGGAGAACUGCAUCCGGGACAAUUCUUUGAGAACAUGCAUGUUCAGUUGGAAGAUGUACCAUCAACUGCCGACCCGACUCCAUAUUGGCUGUUACUCGGUGUUUCUCAAGGAAUGGCUUGCUGUCUUUCCGCGAGAGGACUUCCUCAUCUUGAAGACAGAGGACUACAACAUAGAUGCACUGGGGACUCUCCGAGACGUCUUCAACUUUUUAGUACUACCUCCUCUGAAUGAAACGGCUAUGGACAAUCUCACAGAACUGAAAAGACGAUACGAAACCAAGUCUAAGAAACGUGCUCCGGCAAUGAAGAAUAUUACAAGAACAAUACUCCAUGAAUUUUACGCUGAAUAUAAUAAAGAACUCGCUUUUAUACUACAAGAUGACAGAUUCCUAUGGUAG